AUGCCCAAGAGAAAGGCUGGAGGGGACGCUAAAGGAAAUAAAGCAAAGGUGAAAGAUGAGCCACAGAGCAUAUCUGCAAGAUUGUCUGCUAAACCUGUUCCUCCAAAGCCAGAGCCCAAGCCUAAAAUGGCCUCUGCAAAGAAGGUACCCAAAGGGAAAAAGGGAAAAGUUGACACUGGCAAGGAUAGGAAUAAUCCUGCAGAAAAUGGUGAUGCCAAAACAGACCAGGCACAGAAAGCUGAAGGUGCUGGAGAUGCCAAGUGA